AGCGCGCGCGAGCCUGAUGUUGUUGACCUAAGGCUUUCUCGUCACUCUCGUUUUUUUUGAAUGAUAACUGCACCUGCUGGCCGCAAUAAUGCGUCGCGACGAAUGAACAUGGUCGAGUACCAGAGGACAGGGAACAACGCCUUUUCGAUACCUCUUGCUUCUGGCUUAGACAGGUCUCCCGUUAAUCUUUGCUUGCUCCAGUCCCGCCUCCAAGAACCAAUACUAGAAAUUUUCCAAAAGCAUUGGGGGCGAGUCUACAAAAGAAAUCGUUGUUCGGAUGUUUGAGAAAUGUUUUUAUCCUAUACGAGGUGAUCGGUAGAUAGCACCUCAUCGUCGGCGUGUUGGAGAAAAUUUUCCCUAAUCAUGGAGGCAGGCAUUGUGUCAUUUCACAUUGUCGCCUGGGAAAAGGCGAGCCUGAUGGGAGAUGAUCUGAAGCAUCGGAUUUGGAUGUCUUAAGAAAAGUGAUGAUAUAUUCAAGACGCUCAGCGCAAGAGUGGUUUCUUGCGAGAAAUAGUUAUAUUUCCCGACUGCUGUAGUUCUAUUGAGAGUUGAACAACAGGGAUAUUCAACAAUGAUA